UCUUACUUUCAAAUUCCGCGCUACUCAGAAACUCACCGCCCCCACCAUGUAUUUCCCAAGCAGAAAUAAAAUCAUGCAAAACCAUGAGAGAGAUGAUUCAAAUCCACGCCAAAAAGAUCAAAACUGGUCGUAUAAGAGACCCCUUCGCUGCUGCUGAGAUCUUACAGUUUUGUGCUUUAACAAAUCAUGGAGAUUUACAGUAUGCUCGUUUAGUUUUUGAUCGUAUGGAGGAACCUAAUUGUUUCUCUUUUAACACUAUUAUCAGAGCUUUUUCUGAAACAAACAAUCAAUCCAUAGAGUCUCUUAUCAUUUUCGGUCAAAUGCUGUAUAAUGAAUUCGUCGAACCAAAUCGAUUUACGUUUCCAUCAGUUUUAAAAGCAUGUGCGAAGAUGAGAAGAAUUGAAGAAGGAAAACAAGUUCAUUGUCAGAUUAUUAAACGGGGGUUGGGUUUAGACAUAGAUGAGUUUAUUGUUAGUAAUCUUGUUCGAAUGUAUGCGAUUUGUGGGCUCAUGAAGGAUGCAAGGAAACUGUUUGAUAAAAGUGGUGUAACAACAAAGGAGUCCAUUAGUGAUGGAAAUGUAGUUCUUUGGAAUGUAAUGAUUGAUGGGUACAUAAGAAUUGGGGAUUUUGAUUCAGCGAGGCAGUUAUUUGAUUUAAUGCCUCAAAGAAGCGUGGUUUCGUGGAAUGGAAUGAUUGCAGGUUAUGCACAAAAUGGUUACUUCAAAGAGGCUUUGGAGAUAUUCCAAAAGAUGCAGUUGGAAAAUGGUUGUCCGAAUUAUGUGACGCUGGUUAGUGUUCUCCCUGCAAUUUCUCGUCUUGGUGCACUUGAGUUGGGGAAAUGGGUUCAUUUGUAUUGCGGGAGGAACAAGAUUGAGGUAGAUGAUGUACUCGGGUCUGCUUUGAUUGAUAUGUACUCGAAAUGUGGGAGCAUAGAAAAGGCUAUUCAGGUAUUUGAGAGACUUCCACGAAGAAAUCCUGUUACUUGGAAUGCCAUCAUUGGAGGGUUAUCUGUGCAUGGCCGAGCAGUUGAUGCGCUUGAUUAUUUCGAUAAGAUGGAAAUGGAAGGAGUGAAGCCGACUGAUGUUUGUUAUAUUAGCGUGCUGAGUGCGUGCAGUCAUGCAGGGUUGGUUGAUGAAGGAAGAUUGUAUUUUGACCAAAUGGUAAGGAUAGAUGGGUUAGAUCCUAGGAUUGAACAUUAUGGAUGUAUGGUAGAUUUGUUAGGUCGUGCAGGAUUAUUUGAAGAAGCCGAGGAGUUUAUAUCGAAAAUGCCGAUCAAGCCAGACGGUGUAAUCUGGAAAGCCUUGUUAGGUGCUUGCAAGAUGCAUGGUAAUAUUGAGAUGGGACAACGUGUGGCGAAAAAACUUAUGGAUUUAGCUCCAAGUGAUAGUGGUUCAUAUGUAGCUCUUUCAAAUAUUUAUGCGUCUUUGGGAGAUUGGGAAGGUGUUUCAGCAGUGAGACUGAUGAUGAAAGAGAAGGAUAUAAGGAAAAACCCAGGUUGUAGCUGGAUCGAACUCGAUGGAACAAUUCAUGAAUUCCUAGUGGAAGAUGAAUCUCAUCCUAGAGCACGAGAGAUACGUUUAAUGUUGGAGGAGAUGAGUGAGAAAUUGAGAUUAAAUGGGUAUAAACCUGAUACUAAGCAAGUGCUGCUAAACAUGGAUGAGGAAGAGAGGGAAAGUCUGGUUUUUCACCACAGUGAAAAGAUUGCAGUGGCGUUUGGGUUAAUCAGUACCAAGAGAAAUGCACCAUUACAGAUAGUCAAGAACUUGAGGAUCUGUGGGGAUUGCCAUUCGUCGAUGAAAUUCAUAUCAAGAAUUUAUAAUCGAAGGAUAAUCGUAAGGGAUAGAAAUCGAUUCCACCAUUUUGAGAACGGAGUGUGUUCAUGUAUGGAUUAUUGGUGACUGUUAAAAAUUCAUGUAGACAGUACUUUGUCUAUAAAUUAGCAAAUCUAA